GCGCCGUUGUUUCAUUUAUUUUUGUCCCCCUAUCAACGGGCUCCUCUUAUGUAGUUCCACAACACGCAUGUAACACGAUCCACAAACUCUGGCGACAUGAGUGCUGAUAGUUGUGGUGGAAAAGUGGCUUUGCGGAAUCUGGUUAACUCCAUCAACUGUAUCCGAGACCGAGUCAGAGAUGGAGAAUCAAACGAGUCCGAUGGAGCAUUCAACCUCUCCAACUUCUGGGACACUUUGAAUCAGGCAGUGAAGGCAGUGUCCCAGGAAGCCACUAAACUCAGCCUGGCCUUCUCCAAACCUCCUCUGCCAUCACAACAGGAUGGAGAGAAGCUGGCAGAGUCCAUCAUGAAGAGCAUCCUCACACUGUCCACAGUGUAUUACUGGCUACCUAAGAGCCAAGGGCUGGCUCUGCGCCGACUGGUCAGAGAUGCUACUGUCGAGGUUCUAGAGGGAGUUGCACAACUGGUAGAGGUCAUAAUGAGCUCACCUGUAGAAAGCCUCAGCCAGGAACAGCUGAUGUCAACAGGAGGAGUGUGGUCUGCCUGCGACCAGUUCCCUCAGUUGUCAAAAGAUAAUAAGGCAGCAGUGGUCGUGGUUCUGUUGUGUGAGGUUCGAGUUGUGAAAGAUGCCAUAGAGGAAAUUGAACAGGCAUUAGCUGAGGGUGAAGACCCAUUCAACGACGUACUCGAUGAUGACCAGGACGGAGAUGAACCCCGAGGCAACCAGGAUAUGUACUGGUCAGAGAACGAUCGGCAGGUGAUUGGUGCGUGCCAGGGACUAAUAAAAGCAGCAGCAGCUUGUCUGAGGAAACUUAAAUCAGCUGUCAAAUCCAACGGUGACUUCAGCACUCCCCAGAACGUGUCACAGCUUGACGACUUGGCUGAUAUCAGCAAAGAAAUCAGCCCUGGCGUUGAUGAUCUGGCCCUUUGUCUCUACCCCCCCAUGGAUUAUAAUGGCGUCGAAACCAAUGUGUGUAAAUUAGCAGCACUUCUAAAGAAAGUUCUGGAAAUCAUCAGGUCCAGUCACGUGUGUGGGGAGUCAGAACUGACCUGGGUUCAGUUCUUAGAUGGAGCCAUCGAUCACAACCUGCAGAAAGCCAAAGACCUCAUUCAGCAGGAAAGCUAGUGUAUCUGUGCAGUUACGCGUGUUCCUGUUGUUUUGUUUUGGG